AUUUACGUUACAUCAAAUUAAUACUUUUACUUUCCACCUGAGGAUGGUAAAAGUAUAAAUUUCCACCCUUUAAUCAAACCUACCUUGGAUGAAGCGCAUGCGGACCGAGUCGACCGAAGAGAAUGCAGCCCCCACGACGUUGCUGCACCGACAAGACUUCAUCGAUAUGAACCAGGAGAUGCACGAAUACGAUGAGAUGCGCGAGAAGAUCAUCAAGCGGUCCCGAGAGAUCCUCAAGGCCAGGUGUAGCACACAAGCCUGCAACCUACACGGGAGAUGCAAUUGGGCGUAAACACUUACUCUUUCACUCGUUCUUUGUGCCCCAUGAUGACGACGCUACAAACAGCAAGCAGGCGAUCUUCGCGUUGCAUCGAUCGGACAAAGCAGAAGCCUUAAAGUUGCUGGGCAGCGCAGAGAAGGUAAUUCCAGAGCUGGUGACACUGACGGAGAAGAAUCCUUCGCUGCGGGACGGAGCUUUGUCGUCCUCUCUAGAGGAGUAUGCUGAGGCCAAGUGUUUCUGCUAUUACCUCGAUACUAAGUGUCUGCUGCCACGUCGGGAUGUUCCGAUCGUGCUCAAGAAUGAGUAUCUGGGUGGUGUCAUCGACUUCACCGGUGAGUUGAUGCGGUAUGCAGUCGUGAAGGCCACCGCGAGGGAGGUGGAUGAAGUUAAGCGGUGUAAGGAUAUGGUUGAAGCCAUUUCCGGUGAGCUUAUCCAGUUCGACUUCAGGAACGGACCGCUGCGUCGCAAGUUCGACUCGGUCAAGUACAAUUUGCGCAAACUGGAGGUACGAUAUUGCUGUGGUCGGGUAGCGGAAAACCUGCAGAGCUCUAACAGAUGCACGUUCUCGAUCGAUGUUACCAAAAAGAAUACGUUGUAUGAGUUGUCGUUGGUCACGAACUCGGGUCUGACUCUGCAGGCUCAUUCGGUGCAGGAAACACCAGCGGCGUCGACUCGAGAAGAUGAAGAGUAACUGCGGCGAACAGAAUUUCUAAUGAGGGUAACAGCGACAUCAAUUCAAAUACUGGUGGCUGACACGACUUUGUUUAUGAGUGCAAUCGUUGUGUGCGUUGUGUGGCGCAACCAAGACCGCCAAGCAUCAAGUUGUCGUAGUGGUUGAGGAUUCGACCUGGACGCUGGUCGACGUCUCUUUCAGCUUCCGAGGUUUCUUGGUAUCGCGUUGCCCACGUGAAAAGAAGUUCCCCGGCAACAACCCCCUCCAUCCCGUCUUUUGUUUUUUUACAACUCGUCCACCGCCGUUAUCGACCAGCGUCAGCAACCGCGCAGCUUCCAGAGGGUCUCUCUCAGCAACCUCAAGCGCGUGCUGGAGAGUGAAGUGCUCUGGACAAAACGAGGCACCAGGGAUGUCAAGGACAAGUGCACGGUGUCGACACUGCGGGACAGCACAGAUCUUCUUUCCAUUAGGUGCGCCCACCGACAAGUGCUUCUUCUUCUUGGUCUUCUUUUGUCGUGUCUUAGUUGCCUUCUUCUUCGCCGAAGCUCCUUCCUCUUCAAGUAAAGCCGCAGCGAGUCGCUUAGCUUCAUGUUCGGCCGUUUCAGCAUCGCGUCGCCGUUUAACACGAACCUGCUCUUCAAGUGCCAGUAUUUCCUGCGGCAUUUCUGUCGGCACUUCGACCAUCGUGAAUGUGUGAUCGGAGCGUUUACCUUUGACGUGGAAGCGCUCAAAACAUCCAGGGUUACCCAUCCAGCGUACGCUGCAGUAUCGGUCUCCGCAUGUGACGCACUCACGAUCAGCAGCUUUGCCACAUUCAGUACACAAGCCUCGAUCGCCCAGUAACUCGCGUCGUUUUUCAGCCAGGGCCGUCUCCACACAUACAAGGGCAUGUCUACUAUUACGGACUCCAGUUGGUGAUGAAGAGCUCCAGUGACAGACUGCGCAGAGUGUCUGGGCACAGAAUUCGCAGCGUUCAUCACCGCGACGUGCGCGGCAUUGCUCGCAAUAAACGUCACCAGGCUCAAGAAGCUGCGGAAGUAAUUCCAUCGUGUGC